UUUUUUAUUAGUGAUAGAUCAUGUCGCUCGUUCUCAAGGCGUUCACGCUCUAGUCGCAACCGGUCAGGCUUUUCAAGACGAUCUACCCCAUCUUUGGAAACAGAGUCAUCAGCACAUCGUUCUCGCUCUCAUAGAGAUAAACGUUCUCGUUUUUCCAGGGAUAGACGUUCGUACUCUUUCAGAGACAGGCGUUCUCAUUUUUCCAGAGAUAGCCGUUCGCGCUCUCUCACAGGUAGACGUUCUCGCUCAUCUAGUACAAGGAGUUCUCGCUCACCUAGAUGUAGGCGCUCUUGCUCACCAAGAGCUAACCACUCUUGCUCUCCUACAGCUAAGCGUUCUUGUUCACCUUGUGCUAAGCGCACUUCCUCACCUAGAGCUAGUCGUUCUCUCUCUUACGAAGAAAGACAUUCUCGCUCCAGCAGAGGAAAGCGUUCUCACUGUUCCAGUAAUGUGUGUUCUCGUUCCUCAAGUAAUAGGCGUUCUCCCUCCCUUAGCGAUAAGCGUUCACGCCCGCAUUAUCGCGAUUCAUCUGGUUCUCGCCAUUGUGACUCACCUCGUUCGCAAUAUUCAUCUCAUUUGCAUUAUCAUAAUUCGUCUUGCUCGCAUCAUCGCAAAUCAUCUCGCUCGCAUUAUAACGAAUCAUCUCGAGCACAUUAUCGCGAAUCAUCUCAAGCGCAUUAUCGCAAUUCACAUCACGCGAGAUUUUCGCAGGAACGAAAAAUGCAAGAAGCAAGGGACCACCCAAAGCCCAAUAGGUGUAUUGGCGUAUUUGGAUUAAGUAACAAAACUGAAGCCACACACUUAAAGAGAAUAUUUAGUAAAUUUGGGAAAAUUAACAAGUUGGAAUUAGUGAUGGACGCAAUGACGGGACUACACAGAGGAUUUGGCUUUGUAUAUUAUAAACAUAAAUCAGAUGCAGGUUGUGCUGUUAAAUCAUCCCGUCAUCUUCACAUUCACGGGCGUAAAGUUAGAGUUGAUUUUAGUAUAUCUAAGGGACCGCAUAAAUCAACACCAGGUAUAUAUAUGGGUCACCGAGAGCACAACCGAAAUUUGUACAGUUAUUGUGAUAGGCGGGCACGUGUGCGUCGUAAUUACGAAGAACGUGGGUCUAAGCGCUGAGCCAACGAGGCAGUGCGAUAUAACUAAUAUUAAUUGCCAUACAAAUUGAUGAACUUGGAUAUUAUUUUUCUUUCAUACAACAUUAAACGGAAAAGUCUUUACUUAUCA